UGAUUGGCCCAGAGGAUUCCCCUGGUGGCUCCGUCCGUCUGAGGCUCUGACUGCUCCGCUACCCUAAUGUCGAUUUGAACUGUGUAAUUUUGACGGGGUUCGUGCCGCUCCUUUCGGCAUUUAUCCCUGUGUACAGAGAAAGUCGGAAGGAUAAUCCGGCCGGGGUAUCUACUGUGUACUUGUCACAACCAGGGGAUCUAAAGGCAAAUACGAGGCCCUCGCUCCAUCCCCGGAUUCACCUGCUUCAAGGAGAGCCUCACACGGAAGACCGUCAUGGGGGAUACGGGGAGCGAGGGCAGCAAGCCACCGAGUAACGUUAACGUCAUGCCGCCGCGGUGCCCUUGUGGAUUCUGGGGGUCGAGCAAAACUAUGAAUCUUUGCUCAAAAUGUUUUGCAGACAUUCAGAAGAAGCAGCCAGACACUGACUGUGCCCCAAAGGCCUCAUCAAGUUCCAGCAGCAGCCAAGCAGACAUCUUCUGUAAUGAAACAAACGGCAGCAUUAGUCAGUCAAUGAUGUCGCUGCCUAAGACGUCAGAGGAGCCUUCACCAGGAGGCGUGGGAGUGACAUCUCUACCUUCUCAGGAUGUAUCCAGCACAGACCCAUUCUUCGGGGCACUCUCUUCUCCCACAAAGCGCUCCUGUGAGUCAGGUUCAGAGUCAGAAAGUGAUGCCCCACCUGAGAAGCGAGCAAGAGUGGGUGUGGUGCCAGAGAGACAGGGGUCUUCAUCGUCAUCGUCUUCUUCAUCAUCAUCCUCUUCCUCGUCUCGUGGUGGCUCCAAACAGCGGAACCGCAAACGUUGCCAUCGCUGCCAAACCAAACUGGAACUGGUACAACAAGAGUUGGGUUCCUGUCGCUGUGGUUAUGUCUUCUGUAUGCUCCAUCGGCUCCCAGAGCAACACGAGUGUCUGUUUGACCAUCUGGGCCGAGGUCGUCAGGAGGCUGUUCUAAAGAUGGUCAAGCUCGACCGCAAAGUGGGCCGCUCAUGCCAGCGCAUCGGGGAGGAAUGCUCCUGAAAAAUCUCAGUGAUCAGACGGUGUCUAAGCGCUGUUGGGGAUUUUUUUUUUUCUAUUUUGUUUUUCAGCAUUUCCACAGGUUUUUUGGAUACAAACCUCCACUGUUUUCUCUUCUUUCUUUUUUUAAACCCCACUGUUUCCCAUGUCCUGGUUGUUUUUGGCUUCUGUUGGCUUGAUUUUUGUCCCUACUGCUAAGAUGCCUUUUGAAAAAUACUCAUACCCAGGAAUGAAAGAACAUUUAAGAGCUAAGUAAAUACUUUCUUCACAUUUUUGCGAGCUCCUGACUCCACAUAUGUAUGAGAAUGAAUGAAAGGAUGAUGAUGAUGAGACGAAAUGCAAAGGUUUGCCCUGGAAACCAGUUUGAGACAGAACUCUUUACCUCAAAAAAAGAUUAAAAAAAAAAAACAACCACAAAGAAUGAUGAAGAGGAGGAGUAAGGGAUGAAUACCUUUUGUGUACACUUGCUUUGGCGCUGUUUAGAGACCGUUCUUUACCUCAAAGUCUGACAGAGCUGCUUUCUACUCUGUGCCAAGCAUGGACCUUGCGAAGCAAACCAAGCUCGCCAGCCUCACUUUAAGUCAGUGUCUUACCCCCUGGCUGUCCUUCACCACUUACUUAUAAACCUUUAGAAUUACAAACCCCUGUUAAAUCAUCCACCUCAGGAUAUCAAAGCCCACUGUUGCCCCUUCUCCCACCACUUUCUCUUUUUCACUGAUCUAAGAUUGCUGUGAAGUUGUUUCUGCCAUUGUGGACAAUGAAACUGCACUGAUGCUGUAAAUCCAAAUUCAGAAGUCUCAGUGUGAACUCAACACACACUGAUUGUGGGAUUUGUGCUAGUUGUCCUUGGAUUGCACACUGAUCUCUUUAACGUUGAGAUGUUAUUGAUCGAGACAAUUUGUUGAGCAUUUUUCUCUGUCUUCCUCUUUGUCUCUUCCGUAUCACCCCACCACAUGAAGGCAUUUUCUCUUCACAGCCAUACUCCUUUCCAGCAACCAGUGGAUCAUGUGUGCUGGAUGUGUACAUGUAUGAUUGUACACAUUCUCACACCAGUAUAAUAAUGCACACACUUUUACGUUCUGCUAUGUGCUCACUGUAGUUCAGUUUGAGCACAAGCGGGCAGAAUCAAAGGUUGCUCUACACUUCAGUUUUAGCAGAAUUUCUCUCAGUUGAGGUCUCUCUUAAAGUCUCAGCCCUUUAUUUCAAUUAUCCUCAUUGUUUAAGGUAAUUUUUCCAUAGUUUGGAAACAGGACUUACUAUUAUUUGAGUUUCAUUUUUCUUGCUUGUCCUUUUUCUUUCCUAUACCCAAUGCUUUAAUUUUCUGCUAGCAUGAUGAGCUAACCUGCACCCUGCAUUUGACUAUCCUUUUCUCAUCUUUUCCCUUAUUGAUUGCUUUGCUUUUUCCUCUUAUUACCUUCUCUGUCUUUCUUUGUGUUGCUGAAAAUGGAGUAACAUAUGAGCAGAGUUAGUCAUACAAUAAUUACUGUCAAAAUGUUUUCCUGGUGGACUGUGGAGGGAAUGAACAUAAAAUGCUAUUAAAGGAAACGUUUAUUUAACCCUUUUUGCAUUUCAUAUUUAGUUACACUGUAGUGUAGAGCUGCAUUUGUUGUUUGUAAUGUCACAAAAUGGGAAGAUGAAUGUGGAAAAUGAUGUGCUUUUGUUUUCCAUUGCAUUACCCUUUGCUUCCCCUUUCCAAGUUUUUCUUUUACAGAGAAAGAAUAAAUUGGAUUAGACAAAGUA